AUGCCUGACACCUGCACUCGUGCCAGCUCCAAGGCUUCCCGCAAGACGGCCAAGAACGCAGUCUUUGGCGUGACUUCCCACCCAACCAGCCUCAGUGGGCAAUCGAGCUCUAGUGUGAGAAGGAGCCUGUAUAGUGGUUGUGUGGAAACUCAGUCUGCGUGCCUUGAGGCCAACUACGAAGGCCCUUCUGACCGCUCGCAUGCCAUCUUCCAUCAGCCAGAUCAAGGUAUUCAGCCUUUGGUCUCUGAAGGAAACAUGGGUCGUAUCGAGGAGCCUAGGAUGCUCCGUGUUGAGCCUGAGCUUCGUACGCUGGCUCUCCUCCAGAUGCAGCAGAAGACGAACAACACGUUCACCAGCGGCGGCCGUUAUUAG